AUGGAGGAGGGCAAGGAACAGACCAAAGAAGUCAGAAAUUCACAUGCUUCCUUAGAGUGUGGGAAGUUCCCAAGCUUCUCUGAGAAUAGUAGCAAAAACAGUGAUGUAACUUUGCAAGUUUGUCGCAAAACUUAUGUGAUCCCAUGGAGAUCCUUCAAGAAAUCCCACCUCGACCAGGAGUUGAAGCUGAUCUGUGAGUAUGGGCUCCCGAACAAGCGAGAAGUCUGUAGGGUCAAAUUUAGUCUGGCCAAGAUCCUUAAGGCCGCCCAGGAGCUGGAUGAGAAGGACCCAAGGCGUCUCUUCGAAGGUAAUGCCCUGCUGCAGUGGCUAGUCCGCAUUGGCGUGCUCGAUGAGGGCAAGAUGAAGCUGGACCACAUCAGGAUCCGCAAGCAGGUGGUGAGUAUCCCAUCCUUCAUUGUUCGCCUGGACUCCCAGAAGCAUAUCGACUUCUCUCUUCGAUCACUGUAUGGUGGUAGGUGCCCCGGCCGUGUGAAGAGGAAGAACGCCAAGAAGGUCCAGGGAGGGGCUGGUGUGAGUGAUGGGGAGGAGGAGGAUUACGCCUCAUGGUCCUCUUCUGGCUGGUGGAGAGUUUCUAGUUUUCCAUCCAGAUAUUAA